CACUCCAUCCUCCUCCUGCCUUUCCCCUCCCUCGCCGCCUCCUCUUCCUCGGCGCGGCACGCCCCCUCGGAUCCCCGCCUCCCCUCGCCGGUUCGCCGCGAUUCCGCGCAGUUGGGCUACCGAUCCGCCCGGGCCACUGUUGGGUGGGUGCGGGCAGCACGUAUUCUGCUCGGAUUUGUGGGGGAAUCGGCGGUUAGGUUACGCGAUACAGAGGGAACUUCCGCCGAGAUAAUGCGGUGCUGUGCUGGUGUAACUGUUGACUCUCCUCUUCUGUGAUCAUCCAUCGGUGUGGUAGGGAUCUUCUCUUUCACCGAUGGGCAUUGUGAGGGCAGCAAGUGGUGUGGCGGCAGCAGACAGCUGCGGAGACGAGGACCUUAUGAGAGAGGAGAGGUUGCUGCUUCAGAGCUUCCCUAGUCAAGGAUCUGAUGACUGCGAACAGGCCGAGGUCGAUUGCGAGCUUGCGAUGUCUGGAGGCCAGGUGUGCAAUGUACCUUAUGGGCUUUAUGAUCUGCCUGAGUUGAAGGACGUACUUUCUUUGGAGGGGUGGAACUUGUGUCUAACAGAAGACGACAGGUUUCGUCUAGCAGCCUACCUCCCUGACAUGGACCAAGAAGACUUGUUUACAACACUGAAGGAGCUGUUCAGCGGCAGAGCUAUGUUCUUUGGGAGUCCACUUAGAGCUUUUUUCGACAGAUUGAGUGGUGGAUUUUAUUCUCCAGAAGUUUCCCAGGCAAGAGAAUUACUGGUGGACUUCCAGAGACGAAAGUAUUAUCAUUUUCUGAGACUGUAUCACAAUGGCAUGGUUUGGAAGUUUACAUGCAUGGACAGGCUGUUGAGAACUGGUAUGAGUACUAGUCUCGAGGAGAAGAUUCACAUCUGGCACAACUGGAUACACGAGAAGCCUCUCACGUUUGCGGAUCCAAACAGUUCUCCGAUGAAUGCAAGUCUACCAACUAUCACCAGUUCCUCACUAUUGAAGCGAGCUAAACUUAUGGAAGGGACAUCAACUACUAACUGUUCAGCCAAACACAAGGAGAUAGUCCACAGAGUGAAAUCAAUGGAAAUGGGCUCAUCGACAAGUCACGUUUUCCGCAGUCAAGAUGAGCCUGAUGAAAAAUGUGGUAAACUACCAAAAGGUGUGCUUAAAACAAAAAGUGAUUAUGAUGCCCUUGCUGAUGUCAACGAUGGAAUACAUCAUACACCAGGACUGAUCCCACUCACUCAUCACGGUGUGCAGGUCUCCGCCUUCUCUCCUUAUGCUUUUCCACAGCAUAUGCAUAACUAUGCUGUGAAUCCAUCUUAUCCCUAUUACAUGAACACAAGCAGAACUUAUUUGGGCAGUUCCAGCUCAAGUCCCUGGCAACGGGAGGGUGCACUGGAAACGUAUCCUCUCUUGGUCAAAGGUCCAUCUGGAGUCCAGCAUACUUUUUUAGAGGAGCUCAAAAGGGGCAGCCAUUCUGCAAUGUUGAGAGGGUAUGAGUCAACAUAUAAACCGGGCUUAGCAUAUUCAAAUGAAGCAAAUGGCACAAGAGAAUCCACCCACGAGAAGAACCUUUUGAAGAGCUUUGGUCAACGGAGCGCCAUGUAUCCUGCUGAUCCCUACGCAAGAACUGUCCUUGGCCAUCAAAGAAAUGUAUGCACGAAAAUGCCCAGCCCGAGAAAUGCUGACAGAAUUUCUGGGAUGCUGACCCUUAGUACAAGCACAAACCCUCCUUGUAACAACUUGCUGGGGCAGUCUGAAACCAUGCACAAACAUCAUGAUGGACUGGAGACAAAGGCACCUUCUGUUACAAAAGUUGAAGAAGAACAUAGGUUCCCAAACACAUACACAAACCCUCCUUGUAACAACUUGCUGGGGCAGUCUGAAGCCAUGCACAAACAUCAUGAUGGACUGGAGACAAAGGCACCUUCUGUUACAAAAGUUGAAGAAGAACAUAGGUUCCCAAACACAUACACAAACCCUCCUUGUAACAACUUGCUGGGGCAGCCUGAAACCAUGCACAAACAUCAUGAUGGACUGGAGACAAUGGCACCUUCUGUUACAAAAGUUGAAGAAGAACAUAGGUUUCCAAACACAUACACAAGGAGAAAACUGCAGAGGGGGGUUGACCUUGUCGAUCAUGUCAAGACACCAACCAUGGUGGGCUCAGAGUCAGCGAGUGUGCUGUCUAGCAUGACAAAUGUGAAGGCAAAGGCCAUCAAACUUUGAAAUGGGGAGUUGGGAAAACGGUUUAGUAUCUAAGCUGAUAUAGUAAUUAAGUUUAAUUCUUUAAUUUCUGCCACGACAUCAGUCUGAAGCCUGGCAUAAGUAGGUAACAGUUCUUUAGAUGAAGAUGCAUAGUGGUGGGAUCUUGCUCCUAACUCCUAAAUAUAGUUUCGAGAACACUUUGCUGCUAUGAUACACAUCCUGGAAGGAAGACAUUUUAUUCUUGUGGGCUUUCAGUUUUCUUCCGUGAAAUAUAACCAUUGUCCUGCUGCCUUCC